AUCGGUAUCAGUGAAACUUGUUUUGGAUUCAUCAUCCACACUCUCUGGAUCAAAUCCCAGAAUCGGUGUAAUUCGCUAGUCUAUCACCGAACUUGGAGCUGGAAGAAUCAUUGUCGCUUUCGCCGGCCUUCAAAGUUAUCACCACAAUGAUAACUCCACGAUUUUACUGUACCCAAACUCUUGAAUCAGUGGCAGUGUCCGUGUAUUGCCCAUCAGUAAGAGCCUCUGAUGUGGAGAUCAACAUCGAUGAGACUUUGUUGACCGUUCACAUAAACCCUUAUUUCCUGCGUAUAAACUUUCCUCAUCCGGUCCUCGAGGACGACCAAUCGUCUGCAACCUAUGAUCCGAGCAGUGGAUAUUUAACGGUUACACUGACUAAAGAGACGAAGGGACAAGAAUUCCCAGACUUGGACCUACUAGCAAAGCUGCUCGCUCCUCGUCAUGUCGAGGUCCCAAAACAACCGACUAUAGAAGUCAUCGAGUCUGAGACUUCACCACAAAGCGAACUGGAAGAACUCGUGGAUUUAACUAGCGCGAUUUCCCUUGAACAACGGGACAUAUUGCAAGCGGCUGAGAAUGACUGGCAGUUUCCCCAGACUGUCGCGGAAUCUCCGUUACAACUAUCCACGAAGAGAUAUUAUGGGUUCUUGGAUAUGUACACAGGGUACUUCACCCACGUUGCUCACACAGAAAAUGAUGUCAAUGAGCUUGGAAGUGAGGCCGAAAGCUGCUUACCAGAAGAACGGCGAGCGAAAAGGUUGCAACAUGAAGAGAUGAAAUGGGACGAGGAGCAUUACAUGGCAGACUACGUGGAUGAUGAGUACAUUCAAGAACUUAUCGCUUGGGAAGACCGCGAGCUCGCACAUGCCGAGUGUAUAUUCACCGAGAGCGAGAAUAUGACGAUGCUAAAUUUGCCGCGCAAAGAAUACUUACCGACAACAUCGCAACAGCGUGCCCUGUAUCUGACGCUGUUGACCUUGUUAUUCGCAUAUGCCUAUGACAGGCGCACGACACAGCACGACCCCACCCCUGAAAGCGCAUGGACAAUUUGUUCACUCGUACCUGCGUUCUCAGCGCUGGAUCCCCCUCGAUACAUUGCUUCAGAAAGCGUUCCUCUGUCUAUCUCCACAUCGGGGUUCACCGACGAUGACCUCGCCUCGGCCUUGAUGCCGUCUUAUCGGCGUUCUCUCGCGUUCCCUCUCUAUCGCUCUUUCGCAAUGGCCGAUGCAUGUCGGAAUGAUGUAGCGGCCAUCUUGGCCAAGGGCAAAAGAAUGGUCACACGUUACAUAUUGGAGAUGAAACAUAUUUUGGACCAUCAUGAAGUAUAUUACGUGUAUAGCAAAAUCUGGGUGGACGACUUCUUGGUUUGGAUCCAAGCAUCUGCUAGCGACGAGAUAAUGUUAGACAUCGCAGAGCAAUUAAAAGCUCUGACGAUUACGAAAACGAUGAUCGGCUGGAACAUCGAGAAGUUAGAAGCUGCGACCCUUCUAGAUACUAGCGACAGUGACAACGAGUCCUCCGAAUGACCUAAUGUAGAGUCAUCUCGUCUCAAGCCAUGACACGCUUUGCCUUCAGCUGGCACAGCAUGAACGAGAUCUUGCUGGCGGUUGAAACAUGAACCAAGAAUAGUGCGA